AUGGCUCGAGACCCAGAUCGUCCAAACGUCGUCCUGAUCCUAGCCGACAACCUCGGCUGGGGUGAAUUAGGUUGUUACGGCGGUGGCGCCCUCCGCGGCGCCGCAACGCCCUGGAUCGACAGGCUCGCGACGCAAGGUCUCCUGCUGCACAACUUCAACGUGGAGAGCGACUGCGUGCCAACCCGCUCCGCGCUGAUGACGGGCCGGCACCCGAUCCGGACCGGCUGCCGACAAUCCGUCCCCGCGGGGUUCCCGCAGGGUCUGACUCCGUGGGAGCGGACGCUGGCUGAGUGUCUCAAGGAGAACGACUAUGCUACUGCGCACCACGGGAAGUGGCAUCUGGGAGAUGUCCCAGGUCGGUAUCCUUCGGACAGAGGCUUUGACGAGUGGUUUGGGAUCCCGCGGACAACGGAUGAGACGCAGUUCACCUCUGCGAUUGGGUAUACUCCUGAAGUGGCGGAGAUACCGUACAUCAUGAAGGGAGUUGCUGGGCAAAAGUCAGAGAAUGUGCGCGUCUACGACUUGGAGGCCAGGAGACUCAUCGACGAGAUGCUGGUGGAGAAAUCUAAAGACUGGCUGUCUCGUCAAGUUGCGGCUGAACGGCCAUUCUUCCUCUAUCACCCUCUCGUCCACCUUCACUUCCCGACGCUGCCUCACAAGGACUUUGCGGGAACUACCAAACAAGGUGACUUUGCCGACUCCAUGGCGGAGAUGGAUCACCGCGUAGGCCAAAUCCUUGACCACAUAGACUCCCUCGGAAUUCGGGAAAAUACAGUCGUCAUCUUUGCCUCCGACAACGGUCCCGAGUUCAGGGAGCCGUACAGGGGCACGGCGGGGCCGUGGUCGGGGACAUACCAUACUGCCAUGGAAGGCAGUCUGCGCGUGCCCUUCAUCAUACGGUGGCCGCGUCACGUUCCAGAAGGCGUCACGUCCAACGAGAUCGUUCACGUAACGGACAUUUUCACAACAAUUUUGUCCGUCACCAAGUCUGGAGUUCCAGACGAUCGCCCCAUCGACGGCAUCGAUCAGACAAUCUUCUUCAAGGACCCGGCCAGCGUCAGAUCCGAGAGGCUGGGUUUCUUGUUUUACAUCAAAGAAGAGCUGCGAGCGAUCAAAUGGAAGGACUGGAAGCUGCAUCUCGUCUGGGAACCCAAAGUCAAUCAGUCGUCGGGUCGGCUCGAGUCGCCUUACUUGUUUAACACCGUCAGGGACCCAAAGGAGGAAUCGGACAUUUUGUCGUUCAACACCUGGGUAUUACAGCCAAUGACCAAGUUGAGGACUGAGUUCCAGAGGAGCUUGGCAAAUGAUCCGGCGCCUCCUGACCCGUUGAAGGAUUUUCUCUGCUCUAAUAUAGACGUAGCCAUUCUCUGGUAG